AUGGCCUCUAAGCAGGAGGCCGCUCUCGUUGAAUUGGUAGAGCAACUACAGGCACAGCUCCUCUGGCUCCCGCAACCGAAAAAGGUAUUGAAAUAUAUAAAAAGACUUAAUGAUUUACCAAUAACAGCGGAUGUUCUGGUAGAGACCGGGGUUGGCCUUAUUGUGAACGGUUUACGUGGAUAUGAAGAAGUGGGUGCUAUGGCCAGGGGUCUAGUGGAGCGCUGGAAAAACCUAGCCCCUAUCGAUGGAGAUUCUGACACAGACCUGGACUUGGUUCUCAAAGAACUGGAUUCCGAAAGGAGUCGAUCCCGGAAGCGACCCUAUGAUUUCUGUAGCACAGACCGUAACUUCCAACAGACCUGCAGAACUUCAGCCAGCCAGCCACAGAAUCCAGACCCUAAAGGUAAAAAACAACCAAAGCCUCGGGAGCUAGAGAAAAGCUUCAGAGUAUUAUCUGAUAGUGAGAGGGGGGAACAGAGAAAAGAAUUUAAAUCGGUUUUUCCAUUGGACUGUCCAGGCGGUGGCCGAGUUCAGUCACAGCCUUCCACCAGCCUUCAACAGCCCAACGCCAGCUGUUCGAGCCUGUGGGAAGAGAAAGAUCCGAAAUUUGGUCAAGGCCUAGGUCUCCACAUUCAAGACAAAGUGAAGGCCAUUCAAGAGAAUCUCGUAGGCGAACCAUGCCACAUUAGAACGGGGUCCCUUAAUAAGCCUUGGGGACACGAAUUAUAUCAGAAAGAAAAAUACCAGCUGGACUUAGAGGGGCAAAAGAAGAAAUUUGCUUUGAGCAGAGAAACAUUACUUAAUAUUGAUGGCAGAGGGGUGUACCAGAGGCCACCCUCGGGAACUGACACAAGGGAGAAACAGAUCGGGGCUACCACUGGGAGAGAGAAGGACAAAGAGGGCUGUAGUGUCAAAAAGGAUUUUCCUCCAGUGGGAUUGGCUUUUGUAAAACAUGUUACAAAAGCCAAGAUCCAGGACCCUCUAGAAUCCAAAGUGGAAAAAACCCAACUGAGUAAGGAGUCCUUGGAUAUAGAGAAAUGGAUGAAAGAUAAGGGAGUGUCUAGCAACUUACAGCCCCAGGAGAGGAAAUACAUAGCUCCAAAUGCCCACAAAAGCCCAGCAAGCUGCCUUCUCAGGUGUGGGGAGGCAGAAGUCUACAAUAAAGACAGACAGCCCACCUCAACUUUUGGGUUUAAUCUCAACUGUGCCUGGCAGCCACAGAGGAAAAAGAAUAUAAACAUUCCAACUGUAGCUCAUGGAGACAAAGGUCACAUUAAAGAGAACUGUGCCAGAACUGAUAGUAAAAGCCCCUAUUCAGUUCAAAAGCUGCCUAAUAUGAAUGAUGGCAAACCAGAGCAACAACAAUCUGGAGCUAUGUUGACCAAACGGAAAAAUAUCUCCAUCCAUGUGCCAUCACACUUAGGAGAUAUCCCCUUGUCUGCAGAACAAGCAAGUCGUCAGUUUUCAUCACUCGGAACAGCGCUCCCCAUGAAAUUGAAGAAGAAAACAGCAUCCUACCAUGAGGACGAGGGACUCGGAUUUAUAGGCCGGAGGAGGAAUUCCAAGAUGCAAGUUUAUUCAGGACCUAAAUGUGUUUACCAACCGAAAUUAAUAUCGCUGCACCAGCAAUGUAUCAAGGUCCUCAAUAACAAUUUAGAUUCCAUCUUUGAUAUUGGUAGUGUACCUUAUACUGUGCUGGAACCGGUCCUGGAGAAAUGUACACCUAAACAACUGCAGAGAAUUGAGGAAUAUAAUCACUUUUUAAUUGGGGAGACCAACCAGUUGUGGAAAAUUCAUUGUAAUCGAGAUUUCAGAUGGGAACAACCAAGAGAAUUUGAGUCCUGGAGGGAGCUAUACCUUCGACUCCAGGAAGCUCGAGAGCAGCGGCUGCUGUUCUUGACCGAGAAUAUUCGAUCAUCUCAUGCCAAUAAACCCAAAGGCCGUCAGACAAUGAUGGCCUUUGUUAAUUCUGAGGCGAAACCGCCUCGGGAUAUUAGAAAGAGGCAGGAAAAAUUUGGCACUGGCAGAAUAACUACUCCUGAAAUGACCAGGCCUGCCUUAUACACCCCAACCACCCACUAUGGUCACAGUGCUGUCCAGCCACAUGCUGGCCCAAACACUGGCGGUUUUCAAUCAGCAUCAGCCAGUAGCAUUACUUCUUGUGAUUCCAGAAGAACCCCUGCAAAAAAAGUUGCCCCAAUGAUGGCCAAAACCAUCAAGGCUUUCAAAAAUAGAUUCUCCCGCUGAAAAGCCUUUCUAUAAAAUAGGAAUAGAGGCAAAGUGAGGUAUUCUUUAUUCUGGCAGAGAAGGACUUCUAUGAAAUCAAUAAAACAACCUAGAA